AUGGCAAUAAAUUAUGCGCUAGACGAAUUGCUGCAUUGGGACAAUCAAAAUUCGCCUCUGAAUGGUAUUACUGCUGAGUUUAGAAUGGGCAAGUUGUCUAAAAAUUUGCUACAAGAUGCCUCGAUAAAUCAAUCAAAUGUAUUUGAUGAGAUGUUAAAUUUGCUAAACAAGAUUGUGUUAAUCAGUAUUUAUGAAGGAAAUAGAAGAUUCAAAUCGGAAGUUUCCUCCGAUGAAUCCUUGAAAUUGACGGAUGAAUGUAAUAAAAAUGAAUUUGAAAGCACAGCUACUACUGUAAAUGUGAUUGUGCCGAUUUACCUAGAAAACCUAAAAUAUCCAAGAAUGCUGCAGUUAUUCAGUCAAAAAAGCUCUAGGGAAGUAUUACUGGCAGUCGCUUUUGUCAUUUCCAAAAACAACUUGUUUCAAUUGGUGGAUAAAAAAUGUAGCGAAGUCAUAAAUUUAACGAAACACAUUGCAUACAAUGUAUCACUAAUUGCAAAUUCUAAUAAUUGUAUAACGCUUGAUGAUAUUUCUAAGGAAUUCGUUAAUCAAAAUGAUUUCAAAGCAUUUCUAAACAGUAUAUUUGAAAAGAUAGAUUUUAGCAAUUUUUCGGCAAAUGAAUCACCAAUCACUACAGGCAAUGAAUCAAAUGACAAUACAAAUAAAAAUUGUGCUAAAGGUGGCAGAUUUUUGAAGAAUAAAAUACUCAGAACCGGCGAAACGGACUCUACAAAACGAUUUAACCAGUCCAAAAUGGAAGCCCUAUCAUAUUGGAUUGAAUCUGCACUAGCAUUUCAAAAUGAACUGACCAAACGAGCUGUCAUAUUAGCUACGCCAAAAGGCUGUAAGGAUUAUGAUACAGAACGACUUAGAGUUGGUUUUGAAAUGGUAGACAUGAGAAUGGACACUAGAAAUGACGCCAUUUUGGCUAAAUAUGCAAAUUCAUCUUCUGACACAACACAACACACCACUAGCAACCCUUUUAACAAUAAAAAUGUUAGUGAAGUCAUCGAAAAUGAUGAGUGCAAAGUAACUGAACAUAGAAAAAUAUCUCUGAGCAGUAAUAAGAAUAAACGAUCGAGCUACGCAAAAUGUACGACGGUGCCAAGUGUUGAUACUAAAUGCGAUAAUAAUAGCGUUGAUUCCAAAAUUUUACAGUGUGAAAUUGCCAAUUCAUUGCCUAUAUCAUCACUGGCUGACCAAAUCAUUCAAUUGCAAAACAAACUUAGAUCGUUGUCUAGUGCAAUAUAUAGAAAAGAUAAGGAGAGAUCUUCUAUGUUUUCCAGGGCAGCUACGCAAUUUAAGGCCCAUAAAGGCAGUGUAAUUAGCGACAAACUCAAUAAAUGCGAAGGAGAUAAAUCAGUUCACAUAAAGCCAAGUCCGUUAGAAUACGUGUUAAUUUCUGAUGACAAUAGCUUUGAAACGAAUAUGGCCUUAUUGGCAGUUAUAUCUAGAUCACUUAUAUCUGAGUUCACUCGACAUAAGUUUUGGAACUUGGCUAAAAUGGCUCUUGUUGGAGCGAAUAAAUUGUCAAUAUCAUCUAACCCAGGAAAAUCGGGGAUAUCAGUGGGGAUAUACAAGAAGCCUUCUGAUAUCAAACUAGACAUACAGCAAUUGAAAUCAUUCUUAACGAAAGGGAUUUCUCCGUAUAAUUUCACAAACUUAAGUGACUCUAACGCGCUGCCAGAUUGGCAAUACGAAGUAAUACUGGAGUUUCUGCGUACAGUAAACAGCCAAUUCACAAAUAUUACCGCACAAAACACAAGUAAAACGCUCCUACAUCGUACACUUUUCCACACUUUCAUAUUGGAGCAACUUGGGCACAAUGAUUCUAAGGUAUCAAAAGUUACAAAUGAUACUAAUAGUGUGGCUGCGAAUACGAAAAAACGCAACUUUUCAAGUAAAUUGAGACAUGCCAUAGAAAACAACCCUACAAUUGAACUGAAGAUAUUUAAUGAAUGGGUUCUUGAAGGCCAUUUGGAUGAUGUUCCAACGGUGGAUGAUUUGAACAAAUUGGAGGAGGAUAUUGAAAAGGAUGUAUUUCAACAAAAAUUUCCAUCUACGCCAAACGAUCUAAGGGAAGCCCAGGAAGUGGAAAUCAUUAGUAAAAAAGAAGGGGGACAAAACACAGUAUUGGCUAAUAUAAGCCGAAUAAAUGCCUGCGAAAAACUUGGUGCUUGCAGCAUGGAGUUUUAUAGCAAUUUGGCGCUGGUUAAGAAUAUUAAUGCGCCAGAUCCCAGUAGAGCCAGUAAGGGAAUGGGUGAGUUUGUAGCAACUAUAAACAAGAUCCACGGCACAAUCGUUACCAAGUUGCAAAGUGAGCAAGGGGAGUCAGAAAAGAAGCUCCAGAUUUUGGAAAACAAAUUGAAAAACGUAACUGGUUGUGUAAUACUCUAA